CUGACUGCUGCUGUCAUCACAAACUGCAGGCGUUCUGGCUGUGCAGAUGAAUCCCCACCCUAACAAGCCAACAGCAAGCAGACUAACCUUUCAGCCAACAACAAGCCAAAUAUCAUUUCAGCCAACAAGAAGCCGAAUAUCAUUUCAGCCACCGACUUCUCAUGACGCCCAGAGUCCAAUCUUAUCAGGAUUGUGCCAAUCAGAAAGACAAGCUUACCAGAUAAUUCUGGAAUUUAUGGAACCAGAAGAGGAGUCUGGGUUGGACAAAAUGACUUUUCUGAUGGCUGUAGAAACUUUGAGUGAUGCUGUGCAUGCCCAGGCAAACGGCAGCAUGAAUGACUACUACCCCAAAACCCUCCUGGCCAAGAAAAUUGAGAGAUUACUCCUGGAAGAAUCCACUGAGGUCUUGGAUAGCAGUAUACGUCAGCAAUGCAUGCUCUGCAUUGUAGCCCUGAGCCAGGUGAACCCACCUUUCCACUUGUGCCAGAAACUGGACCUGGUCAACUCUGUCAUCGCUCGUGUGUUUCCCCUGCCGCUCAUCAUGCCAAGUCUAGACCGAAAGGACAACGCUAGUCUCUACCUCCAGACAACCCAAGCCUUAGACGACAUGUUACAAGCUCUUGUCAUGGACAACAGGCACCCCAACAUGCUCAUACUGCAAAAUUUCCUGGAGAUCAUCUUACCUUGGAUAACGCUGUCAGACAAAGUGCAUGAGCAGAAGCGAGCCUUGGGCACUAUUUCCCGGUUGCUGAGAUUUAUUUGCAACUUCCCUGAAGUGACGGACAUGAUGUCAUUCUCGAUAAACGGGAAACUGAUGGGCAUCUUGGGCCUCUUCUGCAUGGAUAUCAACCAAGAGACAAGCAUAGAAGCUUCGGAGGCUUUGCAUUAUGUGUUCAAAAUCCUCGUGCUUCAGAGAAGUGUGAGGCAGAAGACUGAGACCAUCCUGAGGGACUUGCAGAAGAAUUUCCGUGGGAACUGGAUAGCCAGCAUGCAGAGCAUCACACUGUUCUUCAGGAAAUACUUGACCCCCACAGAGAGAGCUGAUAUGAUCAUGGUGGCAAUGGAGGCCAUAGCCAGUGGCGAACUUCUCGACAUCAUUGCAGCCUCUAAGAUGCUAAAGAUGAUCCUGAAGCACACCGUUCCAGAAAUUGCAAAGGUGUCGGAAAUCAUCCAGUACAUUUUCUGCCACAUAAACAGAAUCACUGAGCCCACUGCCCAGAGUACUGUAAGGAAGAUCUUCCUCCUGCUGGCCCAGGCCUACACCGAAGAAGUCAUCCUGACUCUGUUCCAGAUAGAGGACCAGUCACAUACAGGGGUGGACAAGCCCUGGGAAAUCCUGGCAUCCUUCCCAAAAGGCUACCAACUGGUUAUGGAGUACCUGCUGAAGAGGCUAAUUCCACUCCAGGAAGCCCCGGACCAGGAACCCAGCUGCCACAGACCAGGGAUCUCCCUGCUCAUCGCCACCAGGGCCAUCUAUAAGCUGCUGCUGGUGCCCAGUCAGCGGCUGGAGACGCAGACAUUCUUCGCCUCCCUGUUCACUGCACUGCUGUUCCAGAUCUCCUUUCUUGUGGUGGAUGGCAGUGUUGAAACCCAGAGCCAGCAGCACGUCACUGAAUGGGUGAACCCUGUGAGUUCUACCUUGGAGACCCUAAAGAUCUUGAUGCGCAGCUCAGGAUACAUGGAAUACAUAGCUCAUAUUCAGCAGCUUGGGGGCUGGGAGUUGCUUGUCAAUCCUGAAAGGCACUAUGAAGGAGUCACUCUGCUGGCCAGGUCCCUAGUCAUCAAGAACUGCUGGCACAAUCGCCCUAUCUUCAGCAUCCUCAUCAAGACCCUCAAAGACCCAGACUGUGCCAAUUACCUCUCGGCCCUGGCGUUCCUGACUGAGCUGCUUCACUGCCCAGAUGUGGCAGGCAUUGUGGAUGACAAAGCUACCAACAUUCUGGCAAAAUGGUUCAAACGUGAGGAACCAGUCACAUUGAAGCUCUUGCUGCAGAUGGCAGUGGUCUUUACAAAGCACACAAAUACGGUGAGGCACUUGCACAUCCUGCAGCCCCACAUCCUGAGCUGCUGCUACUCCUUCAGCACCGAUGUGGUGACGGAAACCUUCAUCACUCUCAAGCGCCUCCUCGAGGGCCUCACCUGGCAGCAGUCAUCUUCUUUCUUCAUUCAGCUUUCCUUCACACUGGUGCCCUUCUUUGAGGAGGAAUCAGAUGAUCUGCGCUUGAUGGCCUUUCAGAUCUACAGAAGCCUCCUGGCCAAGGUCAAGAGGAGGGCCCUUGUCUUUCCGUUGAAGCAUCAGAUCCUCAACUUGAUAGUCCUCCUUGUGCUACACCUGCAGGACGUGAACGCCCAAGUGGUUGAGAGCUGCCGGCUCACCCUCCGCAGCACGGCCACCAUCCUGGGCUGGUCUAAACUCAAAACGGUCUUCACUGGGAGUGAUGUAUUCACCAUCCUCAGGGCCUUGCUGAAGCAGGAGCUAAACAGAGCACUCUGGUUUCUGAAGCAGAGUGUAGCUCUCUUCAAGAGCCCGCAGGCCCCCAUCCGCCAGGUAGCCAUUUGGUUCACAGGUCAGAUCAUCCAGGCCCUUGACGUGACAGAGAUGGAAAACAUUGAAGAGGCAUGUACAGCCCUAAGGCACAUGCAGAGAGAUCCUGACCCCAUGGUCAGCUGCCUCGCCGUACAGACCUUGUACAUCCUAGCAGUCAAAGAGAAGCAACUGCUGACCAAGACCAUGUCCUCUUGCUUCUGCAUGAGGAGGCACCGAAGGAGAAACUUAUGA